GAAAACAUCCUGACUACUUAAGAGUACCUUUUUCUUCUUUUGCAAUUGUCACAGGGUCUUUCUGUAUGGACAAAACCAGGAAAAAAACUACGGGACUGCCAUUAACCUAUCAAAGUUCAUGAUCAGUAUCCAUUUCAGGACCUAGAAGCCGUAGAUUUAGAGAGAUGGAAGUUGGUGGAAACAUUUUCAGUAACAGUAUUGGUAAUAAUUGGGACAUAUGGGAGCUCAACGUCAACGCCUCUGCAUCCGGCAACCUCUACACCCCACAGCCGCAGACGGCAGGCAGCACGAAUCCGCAGGUAUAUCAGCACUCGCUGUAUUGUGGAGAUGGAUCUCGGUUGCACCCGGACCCGCACCUGAUGUGCUUGAAACUUGGCAAGAGGCAGUAUUUUGAAGACGCUAAUACUCCCGUCGUUGAGCGACUCAAGAGAGGUAAAUCGUAUUACGGCCUUAGUGCCGGCGGGAGUGGAGGAGUCGUGUGUUCGGCGACGGCGGUGCCGGUGCCUAGGUGUCAGGUAGAGGGUUGUGACGUGGCGCUGGUCAACGCCAAGGACUAUCAUCGGAGACAUAAAGUUUGUGAGAUGCACUCCAAGGCGGCCAAAGUGGUGGUACUAGGGAUAGAGCAGAGGUUCUGUCAACAAUGUAGCAGGUUUCAUGUAGUGUCAGAGUUUGAUGACUCGAAGAGGAGUUGCAGGAGGAGAUUAGCCGGGCACAAUGAGCGAAGGAGAAAGAGCUCCCACGAUUCUGUUGCUAAGAACUCUUCUCAAGGUAACAAAUUGAUGACAGGAAGAUUAUCGUACUUAUCAUCUCCGACAGGACGUGCUCUCUCUCUUCUGUCAUCCAAGUCUGAAUCCUGGGUUUCUCCAUCUGAUCUCUCCUUUAGAUCUAGUGAAGCGCUACGUGAGCUCAUUGCAGAAAACCGUGCUGCUACCUUGGCUCAUCAGCUCAUACAAAACCGGGAAUGGCACUUGCACCAUCAGGGAGUCCUAGAUGUUAGAGAAUCUGACGCCGGCCCCAAGUAUUUAACAAUCCAACAGCGCCAGUUGUUACUUGAGUCAUCACAAAGUUGGAGCAAACUUCAUGAGUCAAGUGCUCAUGUAACAUUGAACCUCAUGCAUGGUACGAGCUCGGCAUUCGGUUUAUUGUCUGUGAGAGGAAAGACUAAGGAAGAGGAAGAAGAUUCUGAACUAUGGAAUUAUGGAACUAGUUUGGAGGGAGCCAGUGUUGGCUAA